AUGUUGCGCCGGACUUGUCUGCCUAUUCUGGCGCGCACUCUUCCUGCACUCGCUUGUACUUUUGCGACCGACUACUCAGCCGUCACAGCUGAAAACAUUCGCAAUGUGGCCAUCGUGGCACACGUCGACCACGGCAAAACGACCUUAGUGGACCAACUGCUCAAGCACGGAGGUAACACUCUGUCCGAAGAGCGCGUGAUGGACAGUAUUGACCUGGAGCGUGAACGUGGCAUCACUAUCAUGUCCAAGUGCACGCGUGUGGAAUACAACGGCCACGUGCUCAACAUUGUCGACACGCCGGGGCACGCUGACUUUGGUGGCGAAGUAGAGCGCAUCUUGAGUAUGGUGGACGGCGUGGUGCUAGUUGUGGACGCGACAGAAGGACCAAUGUCACAGACCAAGUUUGUCCUGACGAAAGCGUUGCACCGCGGGCUAAAGCCGCUCGUGGUUGUCAAUAAGGUGGACCGAGACACGAGCCGCCUGGACGGAUCAGUAGAGAACGAGUUGUUUGACAUGUUCGUAGCUCUUGAUGCCGACGACGAUCAGCUGGAGUUCCCGGUACUGUACGCGUCUGCUAAGCAGGGCUGGGCUGUGCGUGAUCUGGACAAUGAGAGCGAGACGCGUGACAGCAUGAUGCCACUACUUGACGAGAUUACCCGCUAUGUGCCUGCACCGGAAGCCAAUUCCGACAAGCCGUUUGCGAUGGCCGUUACCAUGAUUGGCCAUGAUCCGUAUGUUGGUCGCCUGGCAACAGGCCGCGUCCACGCCGGAGCUGUCAAGAUUGGCGACUCGAUUCAGGUGAUGAAUCGUGACAGCAAAAAGCUGGAAACUGGCCGGGUCACGAAGAUGUUUGUAACCCGAGGUGUUCUGAAAUCAGAAAUUACGUCAGCUACAGCUGGUGACAUUAUCACUAUUGCUGGCGUUAACGCAUUCGUGUCCGAUACCAUCGCUGAUGUGGCUGUGACGGAGCCCAUUCCAUCUCCUCAGUUAGACCCUCCCACGAUUUCGAUGACGUUUGGUGUAAACGACGCGCCGACUGCAGGCAAAGAGGGCAAGUUCAUCACGUCUUCUCACAUCAAGCAGCGUCUUGAGCGUGAGUGCGAGAACAACGUUGCUAUUUCCAUAUCUCCUAGCACUUCAUCCGAAGCUUUCGAUGUCCAUGGACGCGGGGAGCUUCAACUUGCUAUUUUGAUCGAAGAAAUGCGUCGGGAGGGCUUUGAGAUGUCCGUCUCGGCCCCGCAGGUACUAUUUCAGACGGAUCCAGAGACAAAGCAGAAGCUAGAGCCAAUCGAAGAAGUGACAGUUGACGUCGAUACGGACUUCUCAGGCACGGUGAUCGACAAACUGUCCACCCGCGGUGGCGAGAUCGUCGAAUUCAAGGAGAUGCACGACAAAGUGCGUCUUCAGUUCAAGAUUCCCAGUCGUUGUCUCAUGGGUUACCGAAGUGAGAUUAAGACUGACACCCGUGGAAGCGGUAUUCUGAACUCGAUCUUCCAUGGCUACUCUCCUUAUCAAGGCUCGUCUACUCCUCCGUCCAAGGGCAAACUCAUUUCUUCUUCGAGAGGCGUGUGCACGGCCUACGCGCUAAACUCACUGGAAGAUCGUGGAGAGAUGUUCGUCAAACCUGGCGAUGAAGUGUACGAGGGUAUGAUCGUGGGCGAGCACAGUCGCCCCACGGACAUUGAGAUCAACCCUACGAAGGAGAAGAAGCUCACCAACAUGCGCGCAGCCGGCACGGAUGAGAACGUCAAGUUGUCUCCUAUUCGCCAGAUGUCCCUCGAGGAUGUGGUCACCUACAUUGGCGAGGACGAAAUGAUUGACGUCUCCCCGACCAAGAUCCGCAUGCGAAAGCGCGAGCUGACGGCCAACGAGCGCAAGCGCGUGCAGGGCAAGAGGAAAUAA